AUGGACCGAGUUACCAGAUAUCCCAUCUUCGGCAUCCCUCAUUCAUCCCGCAUGACUGACAGUGACACCAGCUACACGUUUGAGCUGGCAGGCGUGGGGGCCAUGGCCAGUGUCUGGAGCCCGGACGAGACACCAGCAUGGCCCACUGACCGUGAGGCCUCCCUGGAAAUGACACGGACAGGGACCUCCCGCAGCCUGCGUGUUUUCCCUGGCCGGACAGCCCAAUGGCCACCCUGCCCCGAGGAUAAUGAGGAUGAGGAGGUGAAGGCCUACCACCUGGAGGCCAGGGAUACCCCACCCUGGCAGCCACAGAACCUGGAGCGGGAGCGCCAGGCAGUCAUUCGGGGCCAGGCCGUCAGGAAGAGUGGCACGGUGGCCACACUCCAUGGUGCCCCUUACCACAGGGAGCCCGGGGGCCCCAGCCAACCACAGUCCAUGCCCCUGGAGGAGAACAAGAUCGACAGGGAGCAAAUUGACUUCCUGGCAGCCAGGCAGCAGUUCCUGAACCUGGAGCAGGCGAACCCCCCACCCGGAGUGGCCCAUGCCAAUGCAAGGGUUCCCCGGAGCCCCCAGCCCAGGAACUCCCCCCCAGGGGCGAGUCAGGCCUCCAAGGCCCUGAGCAGGCCACACCUGGCCAAUGGGUAUGUCCUCCCAGUCAAACCCCAGGUGAAGGAGGUGGUCACGGAAGAGAAGAGGGUUCACCCUUUGCCCACCAGGUCUGGUGCCCAAGCCCUGGAGGACCCUGGUUCCCGGUCCAGAGAGGAGUCCCCAGAGCCCCACAAGGAGACGCCCAUUGAGCGGGAGAUCCGACUGGCCCAGGAGCGGGAGGCAGACCUCCGAGAGCAGAGGGGGCUUCAGCGGGCAGCCAGCCACCAGGAGCUGGUGGAGAUCCCAGCCAGGCUGCUGCUGAGCAAGGUGAGCCUGGCUGCAGCACCACGGCGGGACAGGGGUCGUCCAUCACUCUACGUGCAGCGGGACAUUGCUCAGGAGUCACAGCGUGAGGAGGACCACCGGCGGGAGGGGCUGCAGGCAGGCCGGGCAUCCACACCCGACUGGUCCUCUGAAGGACCCCAGCCCAGACUCCGAAGAGUCCACAGCUCAGACUCCAUCCUUAGCCCGACCCCGGAUGCCCACACGUCCAGCCCGGCCCCAGAGGUGAGGAAGGUGAGCCGUAUCCCACCUGAUGCCUACCAACCGUACCUGAGCCCUGGGAUGCCCCCAGGAGAGUCCCCUGCCUCCCACACCUACCGCAGGCCUAGCAACCUCUCAGCAGAUGAAGCCAGGCCAGUGGGCUCUCCAAAGGCUGCAGGGUCUCAGAGACGUCCCUCAGAAUCCUCUGCAAAGCUCUCAGGCAUGAAGCAGGAGCGCCCCCUGCAACCCCUGCAUGCCAGCAGGGGUGUCCUCAGACAGGAGUACUUCCAUCUGCGGCCCCUGCGGUUCAGAGUCCCGGAUGAACCUGAGAGAGCUGAGGCCCCCCGAGUUUGGGGCUGGGAAGUGGAGGGGGCCCCAGCACUGAGGCUACAGAAGUCCCAGUCAUCUGAGCUGCUGGAGAGGGAAGUGGAGAAUGUCCUGCGACGGGAGCGGGAGAUGGCUGAGGAGCGGCGGAGUGCUCUGUACCCUGAGGUCUUCUCAGAUGAGUGCUGUGACCACGACUCUAGGAGCUCCUCCUGCACAUCUGGCAUCACAGGCAGCUACUCAGUGUCUGAGUCACACUAUUUCACCCCCAUCCACCUGCACUCGGACCUGGUGUGGACGGUGGAGGCCCCGGCCGAGGAUGCUCUCCAGCAGAGAAAGAAGAAGGAACAGUGGUAUGCCGGCAUCAACCCCUUGGAUGAUGUCAACUCGGAGAUUCUAGAGGCCACACGGGUGACCCGACACAGGAACGCCAUGGCAGAGCGCUGGGAAGCCGGGAUCUACGCCAGCGAGGACGAGGACUGA